UUGCGAUAUCCAAGGGGAAACCCCGCACUUCCUACAACUAUUCAAAAUGGCUGCUAGCGAAACAACCGGCGAUGACUCCCUGUACCCAAUUGCCGUGCUGAUUGACGAGUUGAGGAAUGAAGAUGUACAGCUUCGACUGAACAGUAUCAAGAAAUUAUCAACAAUUGCCCUAGCUUUAGGAGUUGAAAGAACAAGAAGUGAACUCAUACCUUUCUUAGCAGAUACUAUAUAUGAUGAAGAUGAAGUGCUACUAGCUCUGGCAGAGCAACUAGGCAGUUUUACUCCCCUGGUUGGAGGAAAUGACUUUGUCCACUGUUUGCUGCCCCCCUUGGAGAGCCUGGCCACUGUGGAGGAGACAGUAGUUAGAGACAAAGCUGUGGACUCCCUCAGAGCCAUAGCAGCACAGCACUCGCAGUCUGAUCUGGAGAAUCAUUUUGUACCUUUAGUAAAAAGAUUAUCAGGAGGUGACUGGUUCACUUCGAGGACAUCAGCCUGUGGACUGUUUAGUGUAUGUUACCAGAGAGUAUCUGCUGGCGUUAAGGCAGAGUUGAGGCAACAUUUCCGUAACUUGUGUAGCGAUGACACCCCAAUGGUACGCCGUGCUGCAGCAAGCAAAUUGGGCGAGUUUGCCAAGGUGGUGGAAAUCGAAUACCUCAAGUCUGACCUUAUCCCUUUAUUCACUGCACUGGCCCAGGACGAACAGGUAUUUAAUGAUUCGGUGCGCCUGCUGGCUGUGGAGGCCUGUGUGUCCAUAGCGUCGCUGCUGCCUCAUUCUGACACAGAGCAGUUGGUGAUGCCGACCCUGAGGUCUGCCGCGGAGGACAAGUCAUGGAGAGUUAGAUAUAUGGUGGCAGACAAAUUCACAGAGCUGCAGCAUGCAGUUGGGCCAGAGAUCACCAAGGCAGACCUGGUGCCAGCUUUCCAGAGCUUACUGAAAGAUGUGGAGGCAGAGGUCAGGGCUGCAUCAGCACAUAAAGUUAAAGAAUUUUGCCAAGAUUUAGACCCAUCAGUUCGUGAGACUGUCAUAAUGACCAACAUCCUGCCUUGUGUGAAAGAACUGGUCCUGGACACCAACCAACACGUCAAGUCUGCACUCGCCUCUGUCAUCAUGGGGCUUUCACCCAUUUUAGGCAAAGACAACACCAUAGAGCACUUGUUACCGCUGUUCCUGACUCAGUUGAAAGAUGAGUGUCCUGAAGUCCGGCUCAACAUUAUCUCAAACUUGGACUGUGUUAAUGAGGUUAUAGGUAUCAAGCAACUCUCCCAGAGCCUACUGCCUGCCAUCGUAGAGCUGGCGGAGGACACCAAGUGGAGAGUGCGCCUGGCUAUUAUAGAGUACAUGCCCCUGCUGGCAGGACAGCUGGGCGUAGAAUUUUUUGAUGAAAAAUUGAACAAUCUGUGCAUGACCUGGCUAGUUGAUCACGUUUUUGCAAUUAGAGAAGCUGCGGCUCUUAAUUUAAAGAAAUUAGUUGAAAAAUUUGGCACAGAAUGGGCCUCUAAUAUGGUGGUGCCAAAAGUUAUCCAGAUGAGUCGAGACCAGAAUUAUCUGCACAGACUUACAUGCUUAUUAUGUAUAAAUGUCUUAGCUGAUGCCUGUGGGUGUGAGUUGACAGUGAAGACCAUGCUGCCCACAGUGAUAGGCAUGUGCACAGACAACGUACCAAAUGUUAGAUUCAAUGUAGCCAAGACCUUGCAGAAGCUGGGCCCACUUUUCGAUCAAAACACAAUUCAACAGCAGGUGAAACCAAACCUAGAAAAAUUACGCCAGGAUCCAGACGGAGAUGUCCAGUAUUUCUCACAGGAGGCAUUAGAAGACCCAUGCUAUCGCUCUGCAUUCGGGCUGUAGGGGCAUUAGUAGUGCAGCUAUGUAGAAUGAAAUGUGAUCUGUUUUGAAGAUUGUGUGAGAAGACCAAUGGGUUCAAUUCAAUAGACUUUCAACAAACUUAAUAAUACAGGAUUGAUAUGGAGAUUCUCCCCUAGAAUUUCAUCAAAAAAUAGUAGUGAAAGCCUAUGAUUAUUUUAAAGAUGUCAGUUUGUGCGAGAACUCUGAAAUAUGCACAGUGAAGAACAAGCCAAAAAUUGAUGAUAUUUCCACAAUUGAAAAAAAACUUCUGUAGAAUUGUAUCCAGUGCUGAUGUACAUUGAGGAACAAUGCAGUAUUGCUUUUAUGUUUAUUUAUGUCUACUGUGAGAUCAAUGGGGAACGUGACUGUCAGCGACACAUCUUCAGGGGAAUUCCUCCUAAGUAAAAUAUACUGCACAAAUGCUGAUGAUGGUUUGCUAUGGAGUAAGAAGACUUCUGGCUAAUUGUGUGUGGUGAUCGGUGGUGAUCAGUAAAGAUUUGAGGAACUAUGCCUUUGAUGAUCCAUUUGUAUUUAACUGGAUCUGUUAUUUUUAUUACCUGUUGGUACAGGUGUAUGAGGCGUAGAUUAAAUCUUCCUUUGAUUUUUUUGCAAAUAAGCCAUUUUUGCCGCUAGUUCGAUUAACAUCCAAGACAUGAUAACGUUUUUCUAUAGAUUAAAGAUGUUUACACUAUCUGAAUUAAAAAAAAAAAAAAAGCCACGUUUCAAUGAUAAUUUUAAAAAUCUACAUCUACAUCUGUCCAAAAAAAUGGAUCUCUUUUUUUUUUUUUAAGAAAAGGAAGUUCCCCAAGUAAUGGAGCUUACAAGUGCGUAAUUGUAAAGUAUAAGAAUAAAUGUAUGUACAUUAUUGCAAUUA